CUGUGGGGUGGCAUUCUGCGUCCUGCAUCCUGCAAUCCUGCAUUUAUUAUUCCGUUCGUCAUUGGUGUGUCAGCUGUUGUAAUCUAUAAAGUAUUUUGAUUUUGAUGUAAUCGGAUAAAUAUAGAGAAAAGUUCAACACUCAUAGUGUACCCGCUCCUUGUGCCAUGGAAAAUCAAGAAUCAUUUAUUGCGGUAAAACCCAGCAUGGAUUGUUCUGGACUACCUGAUGGAUCCGACGAUGAAGAUUCUUUCGUGGUGUUAGAAACUUCUUCUACCAUCAGUGAAAAGAUGCCUAGUUCUUCAAUGAAUGGUGACGUCUUGCCGCUGUUUAGGACCAGCAAAGUUCGAGAAAUGCAGAAUUUAAUCAAAAUGGAAAUUUCACAGAUCACUUCAAAUUCGGUUCCAGAAAUGCCAGCAGUGGUUGAUCCUCUUGAUGCAGUAGCUUCGUCUGUGGCUAAAAUCACAAUUUCACCAGAUUCGUCAUAUGAAGAAAUUCAGAAACAGGUUGAAGAGUUAAUAAAAGAGAAUGAAACUUUGAAAAAUAUUAUUGCACAAAAUAAUAUGAGUAUGAAGACACAGUUUGAUAGGUUUGUGAGAUAUAGGGAUGAAGUGACCCACGUGAUGAAAACGUACAAAGAGAAAUUGAUUGAAGCUAAAAAUUGCAUAGAUAAAUUUAAGGAAGAAAAUGCAAAACUGGGUGGUGAAGUUGAAGUAUAUAUCAACAUUAAAAGACUCCAUGAAGAAGAAAUUAUUAAAUUGAAGGAGAGAGUGAGAAAGCAAGAAGAUUUCAGUAUUGGGGAAAUUUUGAGUGAGGCUACUGCAAGUACAAAUGAAUUACAGACUGAAAUAGCAAAUGCUAACCAAAAAACUGAAGAAUUGAUUGCAGAAAAUGUAAAACUAAAUUCAGAAGUUCAAAAUUUGAAAGAAAAGAUUGAAGAUUUGCAAACCAAAUUAACAGAAGCAGUUGACAAUAACAAAACUUUGGAUGAAGAAAACAAAAAGUUGUUUUCGAAAGUUGAAAAUAUGCCAAAACUUCAGCAAGAUUUGUCAUCGAAACAUCAGGAGCUCAAGAAACUGACAGAACAAUUGGUACAUGCACCAAGACUCGAAGAACAGGUGCAGACGAAACAAGAAGAAAUUAAUGUCCUUCAGUUUGAUCUCUCAGUUUUGACAAAGGAGGUUACCAAGUUAAGAAAAGAAAAUGAAGAUCUAAAAUACAAGUUGUGCAAUGCAUCGCAAGAAUCAGAGCAAUUUGUACAAUCAGCAAAAACUGCUGCACAUUAUGAAGAAGAAUUGAAAUUGGAAAUUGAAAACGUUAAAAAGGCCCUUCAGGACGCCAAGAAUCUUAGUGCUGUUCAAAUGAAGGAAAAUCACAAAUUAAGAGCACAACUUAAAGGAUUACAAGAAAAAUAUGACUCUAAUCUUGUUGAAGACUACAAUCAAGUAAAGAGACAGUUAAGUAUCUCACAACAAACAAUUACAGCACUGGAAGCAGAACGCGAAGCUAAAGGUCAAGAAAUUUUUCAACUUCGAAAAUUACUUGAAGAAUCUGAAAAUGAUGAAAUAUUCGCGUUAAAGGAGCAGCUGACAGUGUAUAAAAGUGAUUUUGAAGCAGAAAAAGAAUCAAAGGCCACCCUAAAACGAGAGAAAGAUCAAAUAGCGGAAGACUUGCAGAAUGUACAGAAACGAAACAAACAACUGCAAAAUGAAAUUGAGACAUUGCGCGCCCGAAACGAACCUCCCAAGGCUGAAGGAUACAAAUGUCCAAAAUGUGAUUUUGGAUUUACCACUUAUCAGUCAUUAGAAAAUCAUGUUCACAGAUGUCUUGAUUUGGAAGGAUUCCCCUAAUUUAGAUUCACCGGCCACUUAUUUUUGGUGUUAUAGAAUUUAUUUUUAUCAAUGUAUAUUAAAUAAAACGACCGUCUUUGAGACUUAUUAACCAUGUGAGGUAUAUUUUAUUGUGAUUAUUUGUAAGAAAAAAUAUCUGUUGUUUUUUUUUAUGUAUAAGUAAUAAAGUUGAAGUCAAUGUGUAAAA